UUAUGCAUUCCAGUUCAUUUUUUCCCCUCUCUCUUUUUCUUCAAUUUAAAGAGGGACGUGCAUUCCAGUGCGGUUUUUGAGCGUUCCGGUGCAUUUUUGAUGCAUUUUACCAAGUUCCAGUACAGUUCUGUGCAGAAAAAAUGCAGCAUGUUCUGCUUUUUUUUCUGCAAUUGGAAUGCACUGGAACAACUGCAAGCACUGAUGUGAACUAUGACAUUGACAACCAUAUAACCUACUUUCUGUGCAUUUUGGAUGCAGAAAAAAAGCAACUGAAAUCCAUGUAGUGUGAACUAGCCCUAAGUGACUCUG